GAGCUAGCAUUGAUGUUAAAUUUCUUGCAAUUUGAAUUCUUAGUUGUUACCGUUGUCAACUAUUGGCCAGAAAAGGGAAUAUCUGGAUUUAUAGUAUAUAAAUUUCGACUUAGGAGACUUGAAGGGAAGUCUACAUUAACCACUAAUCAGCUUUGGAAGGAAGGUUUCACAUAUUAUAAGUCCGUCAAGGUUGCAAAUAAUGUGACGGUUCCCAAAAAUGCUACUGGGUGCAAAUGCAAAGGCUUUUGUAUUGAUCCGAAAACUUGUGAAUGUGCGUUGCUUAAUGGCUCAGAUUUUCCCUAUGUAUCUCGGGAUGGUGGCAGGUUAGUUGAAGCCAAAGAUGUAGUUUUUGAAUGUGGCCCCAAAUGUGGUUGUGGUCCUGGUUGUGUGAACCGAACUUCUCAAAGAGGACUUAGAUAUCGUUUGGAGGUUUUCCGUACUGCAAAGAAAGGAUGGGCCGUUAGAACUUGGGAUUUUAUACCUUCUGGAGCCCCAGUUUGUGAGUACACAGGAAUACUUGCUAGGACGGAAGAUAUGGAAAGUGUAUUGGAAAACAAUUAUAUUUUUGACAUAGAUUGCUUGCAAACAAUCAAGGGGCUUGGUGGAAGAGAGAGGCGGUCAAAUAAUGUAGCAGUUCCUGCAAAUCUUUUGGACAAAUGCGAUGACCAAGGUUCUGAAAGUGUGCCGGAGUUUUGUAUUGAUGCAGGAUCUACUGGAAAUAUUGCUAGGUUUAUAAACCAUUGUUGCGAGCCUAAUCUGUUUGUUCAAUGUGUUUUGAGCACACACCAUGAUUUGAAAUUGGCUCGAGUAGUGUUGUUUUCUUCCGACAAUAUAUCCCCUUUGCAGGAGCUGACAUAUGACUAUGGCUAUGCGCUUGAUAGUGUCUUUGACUCCAAUGGGAAGAUAAAGCAAAUGCCAUGCUACUGUGGAGCCCCAGGCUGCAGGAAGCGAUUGUUCUAAGUGUGUUGCUUGGUCCUUUUUGAUGAAUGUUGUAUGGGUGUUGUACGUGGUCUUUUUGCAAAACUAGAGGUCGUAUUUUUCCUAAAACUUACGCUCAAAUGUGCUAUAUUCAUACAUGAUUGAUUUGUUGUAUCUGUAAAUGAUAGCAAAAAUGACAAUGUCAUUUUUUAUGCAAGUCCAAAAGGAUGA